AUGGCCGGAACUGUUUUGUGUGAUUUAAAAUGCACAAAAGUUUUUCUUAAAACUCAAUUGGACGAAGAACUGUCGCAAGCAGAACAAUUGAGGUACAACACGAACAUAAGUGUUGCAAUUCUUCAAAAAAAAAAACGUUCAAAGAAUAGUGUUAAUAAAUUAAUACCAUCACAACUUACUUUAACAGAAGCUCGUUUACACAUUCUAUGGCAGUUUAAUUAUACAAAAAUGGUUGUUGAAAUACUCAGCCUUCAUUCAUGGAUGAAGAAUAAUAUUCAUAUUAUUGAAAAUUAG